AUGGUGGACGCAGGAGGGAGUUAUGUUAAAAAAUUUGUCAGAGCUGACGAUUCCGUGGAAGCUUUCGAAACGCUUGUUUUGCUCAAGAAGGAGGUCAUCGCUGCGUUGCAGAAUGAAUAUGAGCACGCCCAGAGGGAGUGCAGUGCCAUCAACCGGUACAACGCACCGUACCCGCUCGGUAAGCCGGAGGGGAUAACGAGUGGCAACUCGGCGCUUUACGGCGAUGCGGAUACUUUCCAUGGAAACGGCCGAUCGCGCAGCCUGGAAACGGAUCCGGGUGGCUGUCACAACGAUGCCUUGCUGAAGUGGCAGUCGCCUGAAUUCCAAAGCGUGGAGAGGCGGUGGAACGCACAACUCCAAGAAUGCAUCCAAUGCGUGAAAAUGGACAUGUCGUACUCCAAUCCCAACUCGGUGUCGGCUGAAGAAAUAGAGGCUAUACAACAGUCGAUAGAGAAGCUGAAGAGUGCCUACUUCAGGGCUGUGAAGGAACGUGAGGAUAGCAACAAGCUGUGGCUCAGACUUAAAAUGUACAGUAACACUCGAAAGGAGGCACUCGAAGACAUAUGUAAGCCUUACUGCGCGGCCAAGGAGACACCCGAACCGGUGGAACCCAAACGGGUGUUCUCGGGGGGACCUAUGGGACAUCCUUAUCGCACCAUAGAGACCCUCAAAAGCAGCAGUGAUGUACAAACCCCGUUCAUCCAAGGGGUCAUGUCGCGUGAUAACGAGGACACCACCACGCCAGGGUCCUCGCAAGCGCCCUCAAUUGAAAAAAUGGCGCAACGCAAAAUGCAGCAAACGAACACUGCGGGUUACGAAAUGGUCUGCACGUCGGCAAUAGAUGAAUUCUUAAACCAAACCGACUCAACCGAGCUCUUCCUCAAGACCGCGGAGAACAUAUACAUCCAGUACGGAGAUGGGUGCAUGUCGCUCAAAACGUUCAACAACAUCGCGGACUUCCUCGUCCACUCCCUCAACAUACCAGCCAUCGACGGAGCACCGGUUACAAGGUUGCUGAGACUCUACGGUAUCGGAAACGGGGCUAUUAUCGACAGGGAAACGUUCGUCAUGAUGUAUUGGGAAGUUGCGCAUAUUGUGAGACGGGCCCUUGACGUGAUGCAGUGCGUUAACCUCAUCGGGUUGCACGUGCAAAGUCACCUGGAACCAGAGCAGGACGGCGCGUUUGUCAAGAUAUCCACCAUAUUCGAGUUCCGCAAAAAGCUCUACAGCGGCUACUCAUGCGCCAAGUUCCUCGCGACGGAGAUCGCAACAGGCGAAAUGCGUGUCAUCGACAUCCUCACCAAAACCGACAAGGUGCCGCCGUUCGAGCUGAUCGCGCUUGAGGUGGCGCGGUUGGCCCAACUGCAGCGGCAACACCUGGCGCUCUAUCUGGAUGCCUUCCAGGACGAGAACAGCAUCUACAUAGUGUCAGAGUUUUGCCGAGGCGGGUCGCUACUGCAUCACAUCAGCAACAAGGGCGAGAGGGAGUACACGACGGGGUUCGUUCAGGUCGUAAUGUCCCAGGUCAUCGAGGCGUUGCUGUAUCUGCACUGCAACAACCUCGUGCACGGGUCGAUAACAAUCGACAAGAUCAUGAUGCAAGACAACGAAUACAACCAGGUCAGAAUCCGGGACACGGGCCUCAAGGGGUUGCUCGACACCGUGGUGGGAGGAUCGGCGCUCACAAUGAUCCAUGUCGCUCCCGAGGCCAGGGAUGGCCAAGUCACCCACAAAAGCGACGUGUGGUCGGUGGGGGCAAUACUGGCAUUCCUCGUCACAGGCGUAGCGCCGGACGAGCACAUGGAUUACGUGCAGUACGCUAGGGCGGUGGAGAAGCAACUGUAUAGAGGAGUGAUAUUCAGGAGGGACGAUAAUCUGACCGACCUCGUGCGCAAGAUGAUCUGCGUCGACCCCAACGGCCGACCCACCGCGUUUGAGAUCAUAUCCCAUCCGUGGUACACCAACACCGGACGCGCGGCCAACGUGCCUGGGUACUUCAGGUCACUGAUAAGGCCUAUAAACAGGCUAAACGCGCUCAAACGGAUGUAUCUCGAUAUCAUCAGCGUCCUGGAGUCACAGAGUUCGUUAUUCGUCUGCCGAAUACACAAGCUCGUGGACACGGUACAGCUGGGAAAGCGGCUGCGGCGGGGGAAAGCGGCGAUUAAGGACCUCAAAAUGGCGCUAAGAGUGGAGGGCCUCCCACGCCAGACAAUCGACAACAUCAUGGUGCUGAUGUUAUCAGAGAGCGAGGGAAAUGCCGUCCAGCACUUCAUGAACGCGCUUGCGCGCUGGAAAAAUGGCGAGAUAGCGCUCGCAUGGUCCGAAUUCGACAGCACCCUGCACGGUGACCGUGCCUCCAUGGACAUUGCGCAGUUCACCAGGUUCCUGGCCAACACGCCAGGCAGACUGAUACCGCUAGAGGAAAGCAAGCGCGUUAUCAACGCACUCGCGGUGGACGAACGUAUCAGAUGGUCGGAUUUCGUGAGCUACCUGAGAUGA